AUGAAAGUAACAGUGAAAGAUUUAAAAACACUGAGACCACGUGAGUGGCUAAAUGACAUAAUUAUUGAUGCCUAUUUUCAACUGAUAAAAAAAAGAGACCCUUCAGUGCAUGUAUUUUCUUUUAAUUUUUUUAAUAAUUAUUUUACACGCUCAUACGAUGAGGUCCAAAGAUGGUCAAAAGACGUUGGUAUUUUUUCAAAAAAAAAGCUGCUUAUACCAGUUCAUUCAGAUCGUGCCACCUGGAAAUGUGUCCAUGUAUUAGAAAACAUUCCAUUACAAAAUAAUUCAUAUGAUUGUGGUGUGUUCGUAUGUCAGUAUGCUAACUAUAUAUCUAGAGAUGAGAGGUGUACAUUCACUGCAAUGAUAGUCGACAAAUCAAAUUCCCAAUGA